AUGGCCCGAGUCUACGCCGAUGUCAACCAGAACAUGCCGCGUAGUUACUGGGACUACGACAGCGUUAACAUCGGCUGGGGAGUCCUGGAAAACUACGAGGUUGUGAGGAAGAUCGGCCGCGGGAAAUACUCGGAGGUGUUUGAGGGCAUCAAUGUGGUUAACUACCAGAAAUGCGUCAUCAAGGUGCUCAAGCCCGUUAAGAAGAAGAAGAUAAAGCGCGAGAUCAAGAUCCUGCAAAACCUGGCCGGCGGCCCCAACAUUGUCGCCCUGCUCGACGUUGUGCGGGACUCCCAGAGCAAGACGCCCUCCCUCAUCUUCGAAUACGUCAACAACACCGAUUUUCGCACUCUCUACCCCAAGUUCAACGACAUUGAUGUCCGCUACUACAUCUACGAGCUGCUCAAGGCGCUCGAUUACUGCCACAGCAAGGGAAUCAUGCACCGCGACGUCAAGCCUCAUAACUUGCGGCUCAUUGAUUGGGGCCUGGCCGAGUUCUACCACCCUGGCACCGAGUAUAACGUCCGCGUUGCGUCGCGCUACUUCAAGGGCCCCGAGCUGCUAGUCGAUUUCCAGGAGUACGACUACAGCCUCGACAUGUGGAGCCUGGGGGCCAUGUUCGCCUCCAUGAUCUUCCGCAAGGAACCCUUCUUUCACGGCAACAGUAACUCGGACCAGCUUGUCAAGAUCGCCAAAGUGCUCGGUACCGACGACCUCUUCGACUACCUGGACAAGUACGAGAUAGAGCUCGACGCCCAGUACGACGACGUUCUCGGCCGUUUCUCCAAGAAGCCCUGGCACAGCUUCGUCAACUCGGAGAAUCAGCGGUUCGUGAGUAACGAGGCUAUCGACUUCCUGGACAAGCUGCUGCGGUACGACCACGCGGAACGUCUCACCGCGAAGGAGGCAAUGGCCCACCCCUACUUUGCUCCCAUCCGAGACGAAGCAACCCUGCAGCAGUACCUGGCCAGCAGCACGCAGGCGUGA